AUGGUCGACGAAGACUUCUCCGCAGCCAUCACCCAGGAACUCUCCGGCACGCCCUAUGCAUGCGCCUCUCUUACCCAACUGAGCGGGGGGACCGCCAACUUCGUCUACCGGGCGAUUCUCUCACAUCCUCUCCCAAAUGGAAUAAAGACCGUGAUAGUCAAGCAUAGCGAGGAUUACGUGGCGUCGAAUCAGGCAUUCAAGUUAUCUGCUGAGCGUUGUCUAGCUGAAGAAGCCAUCCUGAGGGCUCUCAACAGUCUCCCCAGCUUAUGCCUCACAAAUGGACGGGCUGAAGACCAUAGCAGUCUAGCCACUGUCAAAACACCCCAUCUCUUCACAUUCAAUCGCCAUACUAACACCGCGCUCACGGAAGACCUUCCCGACUCUCUGGACCUGAAGUCCUUCCUGAUCCUGGCAGCCAUGUCUGGGAGCGUUUCGCGAGGAUGGGCGACCUUGAUUGGCUGCACAUUGGGGACCUGGCUGCACACGUUCCACUCCUGGGCUGACGCGGAGCGCCAGGCGGGCGUGGUUGCGGAAAUCGAGAAGAACCACGCCAUGCGCUGUCUGAAGUUCACUAUCAAUUAUGAUGUUCUCCUUUCCAGGAUCGAUAAAUACCCUGAGAUACUCGGGGAUUGUCGGGAGGUGUUUGGGGCAGUGCGGGAGAUGGCGGCGGCCGAGAUGUCCAGAAACGACGGGGAAGGAUUCGGGGUCAUCCAUGGAGAUUUCUGUAUGAUCAUCUCCAAAAAUGCACUGGAAAAGCCAUCAAAAAUCCAGCUUUUCGUCGUAGACUGGGAGCUAUGUCAAUGCGGGCCUCGAGCCCUUGAUCUGGGCCAGAUGUUCGCGGAACUGUACAUGCUGAAGCAUUACAAGGAUAUCGAUGCCGGGGAGUGGAUUAUCCAGGGUUUCAUGGACGGGUAUCGGGGUCUGAGCGACGAGAUGGCAUUCCGGACAUUGAUCCAUGUGGGUGUCCAUUUCAUCUGCUGGGGAACUCAGACUGCCGGAUGGGGCACGCCGCAGCAGGUUGAGGAUGUGGCUCGGCUAGGGAGGGAUAUCAUUCUCAGGGCUUGGGAGAAAGAUCGCAGUUGGUUUGAGGGAGUGUGGAAGUCCUUGUUUCAGAGUGAAGAGUGA